CCUGUUAGUAUAAAAUCGAAAGAAAAGUGAUAAAGACCAUUUAUUUGUAGAGUUAUUUGUGUGAUCCUCGUGUCUCCACAAAGCAGCCAACAUGUCGUUCUUCGGAAAGAAAUACCAGAAAACCGACAUUGAAAAUGUUCUGGAGCUUAUGGACGCUUUGAACGUGAGCGAGAAGAUCCGCGCCGUCCUCCGCAACACGGAGUCCCACUCCACGUUCAUCAAGAACGCUGACGGCAGCAUCCAGUACGUGGUCACCCACAACGGUAACACCCUCGUGGACCAGAAGAUCGUCCUGGGCGAAGAAGCGGACUUCACCACGCCCGACGGCACCGUCACUAAGAACACCUUCACACUGGAGGGGGACACGCUGAAGGCCACCAUGAAGACUCCUGACGGCAAGCUGCUGCACUUCGACAGGCACUUCCAGGGGGAUGUGCUGAGGAUGGAAAUCUACUUGGAUGGUCUGGAUCUGAAGGGCAUCGUCCACUACCACGUUGUUUAAUUUAUAUUUACUUAGGAUUAGGGAUAAACUGAUAAACCAAACUGUUUAGUGUAAAAUUUCCAUUGUGAUUUAUAUUAAGAUUAUUAUCUUAUUUAUUAAAUUAUUUCUAGUAACGACAUAA